CGGAAUGUAGGACCUCAGAGUCUGCGAAGUCUGUCAAGAAAUAUGACGGGUUUGCAGACGUAUUUUCCUUUGCACGUUUGCAGACGCCUCGACCGACUUUUAUUGCAGUUGCCUAAAAUUCGACGAUUGAGGUACGGGAACUAAAUCAAGUGGGAUUUUUAUGUUGAUUGUCAUCCCGAUUUGCAAUCCGUGUUCAACAUGGCGCCCGAUCGGGCUUGUUGGUCAACAAUAUUUUGUCUAAAAACUGAACCGAUGUCGUUGUUUUUCUCAUUGUUAUUGAUGUGUAACUUGUUCCUAUGUGUCGUUCAAAACGAACACAACUGGAUAGGAAAGGCUGGUGGUGCAUCUGAAAGAAUAAAACUGCGAAGUCUUGGUGUUAAGCAUCAAAGACAAACUGGGGGAAUUGCAGAUGAAGGGUAUUUGACAGAUAAUAGACAAGAGGCAGUGAGCCCAAAACAGUUAGGUGGAAUUGUGAUACAGACAGAAUCAGAAAGACUUUCAGCUGGACUUCGAUGGAUAACCAAUGAUGAAAUUGGUAUUACUAAGAUGCAGGCCAUCUUUGAUUCACUACCAUAUAGCAGUAGAGCAUCAAGAGAGAAGGAGCGUCUAGAACAAAUAACUGAAAGAUUGCGCCUUCGAUUUAAGAGUUAUUUACAAGUUUUACGAACAAAUAAAAUAACAGUGGAAAAUUUGUAUAAAUUUCUUGUGAAGCAACGUAGAAACCAAAGACUCGACUGCUGCAGUAUUCCAUAUAGUGAUUUCAAAUCUGAAAGUAAGUUUGGAUGUAAGGUUGCUAGACAGACCAGCUGUGAUCUCAUACCUCCAAGUGUUCCUGAAGGAUCUUUUAAUCCGGGUCGUAAUCUCACUGAAGUAUGGAGAAGCAAUGUUGGAUAUUUUCCCACCCUGAAAUGGCAAUAUUUUAUAUCGACGGAAGGGAUCCACAAUGAGUAUCCAGCCAACGGAUUCCACUGGGCAGAUGACUGUCGAAACGUCCAUGACACGAGACACAGAGAUGUGUUUUUGUCAACGAUCCAGCCCCAGAGGAAGCACAUUGUUAUUGUGGUGGAUCAUGGGAAUUCUAUGAGCCCUACGCAGCUCCGGACAGCCAAGGCUAUUGCCAUUCAUCUGCUGGGAUCGUUUACAGAAAAUGAUAGGAUCGGCAUUAUAGGGAUGGCGGGUAAGGCCUCUUACGCCCGAGCCGAUACGUGUCUGCCUCAUGCACUGGUUCCUGCCACCGUGGAGACCAAGUUUUACUUUGGGAAGUUUGUAGAUCGCCUCAAAAAACAAGAUACUCCGACUAAUCACACGCUUGGGUUCAAAACAGCAUUUGAGUUAAUUCAGAAUGCCUUCAUGAGUGGCCAGAUACAUUCAGACAAAGCUAUGAUCCUGUAUGUGAGCCGCGGGCUCCUGUCAUCUCUGACUGAGGCACGAGAAGUCAUGGAUGUUAUUGCAGUAAAUAACGCCAAGACCGGCCAUAAAGUUGUCAUCAAUACAUACGCUGUUAUUGAUGAUGGAAAACCAAUUAUGUAUGAAAAAAGUUUCCUGCAAGACAUAGCCAAUCAGAACUUUGAAAAGUAUGACGUCAAGUUCCGUAUCAAGAUACCUGUCAUUAAAGGGAUGAUGCUGUCCAUCAACCGAACAAGAGAUCUGAGUUCGACGGUGGGCAAGUUCUACCUUCCACUGAACAAGACAGCUAAAGAGGAUCCUGUGUUUUCUCUGCCGUACAUCGAUGAGGCUGAUCGAGCACUGACCCUGAGCCUGAGCCAGCCGUGUUUCCACCGCAACAAGAAGGGUGAAAUAAUCAAACUGAUUGGCAUGGUCGGUGUGGAUCUGCACAUGGAGGACAUCGUCCAGGAAAUAACAUACUACAGUCAGGGCGAUGGAUCUUACGCUUUUGUCAUAACCACUAAAGGUUAUACCAUAAUGCAUCCAUUUUUCCAACGACCAAUCAGGACCAGUCAGCAGCCAUUACACACUGACAUCCGCCAUUUUGAAACUGUAAAUGGUUUCGAGUCUGUAAGAGAAAAAAUCUUGAGCGAAGAUGAAGGGGAAGCAGUUGUGUUACUGGAGAAGACAAAUACAACAGACUUGGAUGGGAAGGUCGUAGAAAGCAGCAUAUUUUCUAAAUAUAUGUGGAAAAAGGUGCCCAACAUUCCAUACAUUGUUGUCAUAAAGAUGAUAAGAGAUCACUCAGAGAUUAGAGAGCUGACAAAUAUACACAUUCACGGCCAGCCAGACCUUGUGUACCACAGAAUAGAUCUGAUACCAACGAGUAAAAUGUGUCUUCAUCUCAAACAGCUGUCCACUCUAGAUAUCAGCACCAUUUUCCUGUCUGCAAGCAGUUUUAAUAACCCAUUUGACUACCUGAGUCGAGUGGAAACCAAGCGAACCGUGCAGAUUUACAUGGCCUAUCUGAAGGAUGAUACCCAGCUCAUCAUAAACCCCGGGCUGGAGUCCAAGAUUAGGAAUGAUGUUGCUGCAACUGGACGCAUCGAUUCCGAGUGGAUCCGAAGAUACGAACUGAGCACACUGAAGGAUUUCAUUGUUCGGCGCUAUGUGGCGACACCUAGUGGAGUAUUUCGGGUUUUCCCAGGAACUCUACUUGACAAAACGUUUGAUCCAACCAAGAGAGCUUGGUAUACACGGGCUAUGCAGUUUCCUGGUCAUGUGACACUGACAGCACCAUAUUUGGAUGUGGGUGGAGCUGGAUAUAUUGUUACUAUCAGUCAUACUAUAUUUGAAGGAAAACCUGCAGCACUGCACAGUCCCAAGGACCGAGUGGUAGCCGUGAUGGGGAUGGACCUCACUCUGGGUUACUUCCACAAGCUAUUAUCAGAGAGCAUCGCAGCCUGCGACCAGCUCACUGUCAAGUGUUUUCUGAUGGAUGACAAGGGAUACCUGGUGGCUCACCCAGCUCUCAUUGAUCCAAACGGGAAGGGUCCCGCCGAACAGCAGCACAUCACACAUAAGGAACCGUUGGUUGCUAAUGAUAUUUUGUACCACACUGGAUUUGUCCAGAAGAUGCUUUGCAACAAAUAUGAUGACAGAACUGUACAGAGAUACUACAAUUUCAACACCAGCCUGCAGGGUGUGCUGACCAACAUGGUACAUGGAGAACACUGUGCUCGCUACCAGAUCACCCACAUACCCGGCACCAAUGCCUUCCUCGGCAUCGUCAACCACACCUGUGAAACCGCCACCACUUUCUGUCCAUGCAGCAUGGUUGAUAGGCUGUGUCUCAACUGUAAUCGUAUGGAGCAGAGUGAAUGUGAGUGUCCGUGUGAGUGUCCUCUUGAAAUGAACUUCUGUACAGGGGAGCUGUUGGAUGAGGAAGACUUAAAUCCAAGUUGUCCACAUGAACCGGAACAAGAGAGACUGGUCGUUGCUGAUAAGUCGAACGUGGAGGACCUGAAACAGUGCUAUCAACCUGCAUGUAAAGAGAGGAAAACCAGACUUGACUGCAUGGGAGUGCUGGAUUGUGAAUGGUGUCAGCUACAGGCUGACGGUAAAUCUCCACUCUCCAAACAAUAUUGUGCAAGCCAGCGAGUCUGUUUUGGUGGUGUUCUAGGGGCUGCAACUCCAUAUGGGGAUGAAGUCAGUGCUUUGGCUCAUGGUUUUGACCCGGUGAAAAUGAAGAGCACGCCUGUUGGUCCGGUAGCCGGUGGAAUUAUGGGCUGCUUCCUGCUGGUGGCUCUCGGCGUGUACUGCUACCGACACCAUGUGCAUCGCAACUCGCACCAGUACAUCAGCACGCUGCCCGAGAACCACAACCGCAUGUCGCACUACUACAACGAACCGGAUGAUGUUGAACCCGCGGAGGAUCCUGGAGCUGGUCACACUAACUUUGUUCUGGCCACAUUCAACGAGAACCCUGCGAGUAUUUCCCCGUACCGAGUGAACACGUCGUACCGGCGGCCAGCGGGCGGGGACAGUGACCAUGGUUACAGCACCAUGACGCCACACGAAGACAGCGAGCACGCCAGUCUCCCGUGUCUUGAACCCCUCCUUAUCGGGAAAGAUCGCUUCAGGCCUACCCCGCAUGGCAUGACAAAGGCCCCGAUGCUGCCCCCACCCCCCAGUCUGUGUCGACGUAGCCGGAGCCCGACCCCUCCACAGACAAGACUCUCCACAUAUAUGCCAAUACCCGAACAGACUGUCAUCCUGUCGGAACACUGUGGUGGUCUGGGUGCCACCACUGUUAUACCCGAGGCACCACACAGUGUCAUAGCUAAUGUCCAGGUACAUAUGGUGGAUUCUCGAUGAGCUGUCAAAGUGUAUGGGUGGGAAACGUUGUCAUUGAUAGUGCUCAGUUCGCCCGUGUCUUUGAGAAUUAAUGGAUAGCCACGCCUACCGGUUCAGUCUGCGAUAGACGCGCGUGUCUGUUCUCAAUUCCGGCACGGUUGUUAUAAUAAUAAUAAUACUGCCUGUGUGCAUCCGUCUCUGUGUUUUGUUUGUCUGUUCGAACAUUAACGUAGGUUUUUGGGAGGUUUAGCCGGCACGUAAUGUGUUCAAGACGUGUAGCUAACGCGUAUGUGUUCAGGAUGUGUAGCCGACAGGGAUGUGUUCAGGACAGGAAGGGCGUAUUCGGGCAGGAUGACAUCAUAGUAGUCAAUUUCUCAGGGAUAUCUCAUGAUGGCAGACAGAAAUGGGCAACGCAGCUGGCUUACCAAAACAAAGGCAUCCGUGGAGUUAUUGGCUGGUCGGGUCAUGUCACAGUGUAGCAUACUCGUAAGCUGAGGAUGGGAUGCGAUACAUUUUAGUUUGUGAUAUCAGAUGUUAAAAACUCUUUUAAUCUUGGAUUGGACUAUCUACAGUGUGGUCUUUGCGUGGCUGUUUUAUAACAUCCGGACAUGGAUCUUCAUACAUUAGGAAUUGUAUAUGAAUUGGAUAUUUUCUUGGGUACAUUUCAUUAAUGUAUGGGAAUUGGAUAUGUUCCUUUUUACAUUUAAGAAAUGUAUGUGAAAUGGAUACAUUUCAGAAAUAUAGCUCAAUCCAAUGUUCCUGCGUACAUUUUGGAAAUGUAUGAGAAUUCAGAAUAAUGGGGUAUAUACAUCGGAAAUAGGGUACAGGAAUUAUAAUUGGGUAAAAGCUGUUAAAAUGCAAAAAAAUAAUGAUGUGAAGACUUGAAUGUCUUUGAUUUUAAUGGGGUAAUGCAAAAGCCAGUAAAUGUCAGCAUUGAAAGGUGAUUAAAGCCAGUUUGCAGCAACGGUUAAAAACCCCAAACAUUUUAAUGUGUCUUUGAAAGCGGGUCUUUAUCAAAAUGGCGUUGUUUGGACCAAGGACUUUGCAGAUGUACACACUUGUAGAGAAAUGCAUUUAUUUUACAUUGAUGAUGCAAAGACAUUAUCAACGGACAAACACCAUUUGUACACAGAGAUCUGAACCAAGUAGUCUUUGAUGUAAGGAAUGUUUGUCUCUGGGGUAUAUUACAUAUAUUAUAUGUGCAAGAAAUGAUUAUGUUGAAAACCACAUUGGAGCUGUAUUUGAACUAUGUACACUACUCAUUGUUGUUACUGUAUAUAUAAUAAUAAUGGCAGUGUUUAAUGCUGUUGUAUGAAUUAUUAUCACGAGUGCUUGAUGAGGUCUCGUCGUGGCUUCAGUUGUCUCCCCUUUCCUGCAGAAUUACAUUCUGAAUCGAUGUUUAGCACGACACCAUCAAAUUGAUAAUGCAGUUUUAUUAUAUGCCAUGAAAUGUAUACUGAUGGGGGAAAAAAUAAGGGAAUGCAUGAUAUUUGAGACCGAAUUUAAUUCUCUACUAGAGUAGUUAUGUCUGUAUAAAACACAGAGAUGUAAUAUGGGAUUGGAUAUCAGUAACACAGUUAACUUCCUAACACUGUGAAUAAGAGUUUUCGUUGCAGUCAAUGUUUGGUUUUGCUAUUUAAGUGUUCCCUCAUUUCUUUCCAUCAGUAUAGAACAUGCCCACCAUACACAUGCCCACCAUACCUUUAUGAAAACGGAUUUUGCAGAGUAGCCACAGUUGAAUUUUACCUAUAUAUUUUAUAAUGAAUUUGCCAAAAUGCAAAACCCUGAAUUGGUAUCUUUAAGAGUUCUCUUAUUUUGUUGCAUUUGGUUUUGUGAAGACAUUUUGAUUUGGGAUUUUCAAACAAAAGAUGCCCAGUUUCUACCAGUAAUCAUUGUCCAUCUUGACCAUGGUUAAGAUACGCAGCCCCAUGCUUAUAAAACAGUCUAGACUCAAGACUAAUAUAGUUUGAGAAACAAAGAUCUGUGUAGAUACUGCUUACCCACCAAUGUUUUGUGGAAAUAUCUGUAGAUCAAGGUACAUAAUGUAUAUGCUGAUUUUUAAAAGUAUAUAUUUGGUGUUGUCUUUGUAUGGAAAAUGGAUUGUGAAUGGCAGGAAAGUGCAGAUUACGAAGCCACGAUGAGAACUAACUGAAUUGUUAAACACCUUUUUUUAAAGUUCUGCAAGCUGUUUAUAGUGCUAAGAUUUUGAACUUCUUAGGUAGAUGUCUUCCAUAAAUUAUUACCACUGUUCUUGUGUGUUAUAUUGUCUCUCUAUAUUGUCUGCUCAAGGAGAUUCACAUUUCUGUAAUGGUACGAUUCAUUUCACACCUGGCUGAAACCAGUGAAAUAAUACACCAUUUCGCCUAUACUUAUAAAAACUCCUGGUUUGCUGUAAAAAAAAAAAAAAAAAAAAAAAAAAUAUAUAUAUAUAUAUAUAUAUAAAUAUAAAUCAAUGUGUAUAUCAAUAAAUCAGCUUAGCAUAAUGGUGGAUUUACCUAUUCCACCAUUGUACAAUGAUAGUAACACAUGGGUGUGAAAAAAAUUGGGAUUUUUCAUUAGCAACUAAUAACCAAGAAUUUUAUUUCAUUGAUCUUGUCAAAUAUUUCAAGUGUUAUAUAGUGUAUAUGAAAACAGAAUUACAAGGGCUGGGGUGCACACAUACCCCACCAAUAAUAAAAACAAAACAAAGCAAAAAACCCCAAUAACAAAUAAGCUUACAGCAAACCAGAAGUUUUAAGACAAAAGCUACACUGUUAUUUCCUAAUUUUGAUAUUAAACUUGUAACAAUACGAACCAUUACAUGUCAUAUUUAUAUACAGUUUUUGUUGUGCAAAACCAUUAUUUUACAUUCAGAAAUAUUUCUUCUAGCACAUUAUAGAAUAUCGAAGAUGUGUUAAUUAACUCAGAUAUUUAUUUGUUAUAGGUUUAUAAAAAGCAGAAUAUUAGAGAAUUUAAAAUUAUUUGAAUUCUUAUUGUUGGUGUUUCAAUAAAAAAAUUUAACAUACAUAUAAAUUUAAUGUGGUAUAUUUUGUUAAUAAAAUUUUAUUUCAGUAUUUAAAAAUGUAUUGAGCAAUAUCUGUUGUGCAUCUUUAUCAUGUGGGAACUUUGAUUUAUAAAUGUCGAGAAAUGAAACAAUUUUGUUUUAAUUAACAUACGGUACUACAAAUGAAAUAAUGGAACUUAAUAAGUUGGUACACAGCUUUAUAGACUACAAAUUAAGUAUCCCUCUUGAUUUUUAUGGAAUUAGAUAUACUUCAGCUUGUAACAUUUUUGUUUUAAAUGCAUUUCACUUUUAAAUUUAGUUUAAAUUAAAUUUUAUCACUGUUACAUAUUUUAUUGUACAUUGAAACCGUAUUUAACAGUAACAUGUUUUGUUUAA